AUGCCACCCAUGCCACUGCGGCUGAGCAUCAUGAAAAUUAACGAACGCACCCUGAUUAGCUACGCCACAUCCGCCGACACGCCCACGGAUAAAGUGGGUUGGUUGUGGAAACGCGGUGAAGUGAACCGAAACUUUCAAAAGCGCUACUUUGUGCUCAAAGGCAAUUUGUUGUUCUACUUCGAAAAAAAUACCGACAAGGAGCCCGUGGGCGUGAUUAUUCUCGAGGGCUGCACCAUCGAAUUGGCCGAAGAGGAGCAAGAAAAGUUUUCGUUCAAGAUUGUGUUCCAUGGCGAGGGCAAACGUACCUUCAUUCUGGGCACGGAGACACCCGAAGUCAUGGAAGAGUGGAUGAAAAUUUUGGCCAGUGCCUCCUACGAUUACAUGAAGCUAAUGGUAUUGGAACUGGAGCAGCAGCUCAGCGAGUUGGACGAAGCCGAACGCCGAGGGGGAUGCCCGCUCGUAACACGGGAUGGUGUAUCAUCGCCCAUGAACGGCCACGAGCCCAAAGCCCCACCCCGGCAUCGGAGUAAUCCGUUUAAUUCGCGAGAGCCUGGUACCAAACCAUCACAUAAGACUUGGCCGAUAAUCCAUGAAGAAUUCGGCGCGAAAAUAGUUGAUGAUCGGUUAGCUUGGUGUUUAAAGGUGGGAUCCGAGAAACAAAGCAAGGAUCUCAUGAGCUAGAACAAGGGCGACAUUUGUCCUAGAUUAUUGAACCAUACCCAAGCGUAGGGAUUAUUCUGACUGUUGUUUAUGCUCUCCCAAACCUUGAUAAGUAACGACCGUCAUCCUGAUCACUUUCGUGUUGAACCUGAUGGCGGGAUAGUUACAUUUCUUAUUUCUGCCUAACUCGGCCCCCCACACAAAUAGACGAUCAUCAUCAAAAAAACGCAACAAGAUUCCAAAUUGGAGAGUUCACUUCAAAGUUUGUAGCGUGAAAGAGUCAAAAUAUAAGUGAACAUAAUUCGAGA